AUGUUUCUCAUCAAUGUCGAGAAUGCAAUAGAGCAGCUGACUUUGGAGGAGAAAGUCAAGCUUCUCGCUGGGCAAGAUACAUGGGGCACCUGGGCGAAUGAUCGUGUCGGCAUUCCUCGAAUCACGACAUCCGACGGUCCUCAUGGAGUUCGUGGCACGAGCUUCUUCAACGGCCCUCACGGCAUGCUACUCCCCUCUGCGACGGCCAUGGGAGCUACAUUCGACCCCGAAUUAAUACACACAGCCGGAGAGCUACUAGCAGCCGAAGCAAAAGAGAAGAAAUGCCACGUCUUGCUAGCUCCGACUGUUUGCAUCCAGCGUUCUCCUCUUCUCGGUCGUGGAUUCGAAGCUUUCGCAGAAGAUCCAUGGCUUAGCGGAACUAUAGCAUCUGCGUACGUCAAUGGUGUUCAAAGCCAUGGCGUAGCUUGCUCAAUCAAACAUUUCGCCGCACACGAUCAGUCAACAAUGGCAGUGGAGGACGAUGUUCGAGCGUCAGAGCGGACUCUGCGUGAGAUGCACCUCCUACCGUUCCAGCUAGCGGUCAAGAAUGCGAGCCCGUGGGCUUUCAUGAUGGCGUAUAACAAGAUCAAUGGCAUCCAUGCCACGGAGAAUUCUUGGCUAAUCAAUCAGGUCCUACGACAGGACUGGGGUUGGGAUGGACUCGUGAUGAGCGAUUGGUUUGGCACUUAUAGCACCUCUGAGUCUCUCAACGCCGGUAUGGACCUGGAAAUGCCAGGACCGUCAAGGUGGAGAGGCGACUUGCUCAGUUGGGCCGUCAUGAGCGACAAGGUCAAGAAGCCGACGAUCGACGCCAGCGUGCGAAGCCUUCUCAAGCUCAUCAACAAGGUCCAGCCUUGGAAGGAUGACGCUCCGAAAGAAGUCGGGGAUACUCAGCGCAAGCGAGAUCUAUGCAGAAAGGUUGCCAGCGAGGCGAUAGUUCUCCUGAAGAACGAGCGCAACGUCCUCCCCUUGGACUCGCAGAAAAAGCAGACUUAUGGUUUGAUCGGACCUGCUGUUGGAAACCCAGCCAUCAGUGGAGGCGGCUCAGCUGAUUUGACGCCGCACUACGUAAGCAGACCUUUGGAAGCCAUCAUCGAUUUUGUGGGAUCAGAGAAUGUCAAGACUGCAAUCGGAUGCCAGGCCCACCUCUUCACUCCUCAGUUAUCAAAGGACAUUUCUGUACCCAACAGCACCGAGCCCGGAUACCUUGUCUCCUGGUACAAGGAAGAUCCCAUGCUCAACCCAGCGGCCGAGCCUAUCGCCUCGGUCACCACUGUUCAGGCCCAGAUGUACUUUGCCGAUAACCUACCAGAAGCAGUACCAAAGAGGUACUGGCUUCAAGCAAAGACCAUCUACACUGCGCCAAAGUCCUGCACGAUUGAGCUUGGCCUUUGCGUCCUCGGCAAGGGCAAGUUGUUUGUCGACGGCGAGGAAAAGAUCGAUCUUUAUACCAGUCAGCCUGAAAAGACUCUGCAGACCCCCAUGUUCGACCAAGCUAGCAUGGAAGUGACUUCUGAGAUUGAGGUACAGCAAGGAAAUCAGUACGAGAUUCUGGUCUAUCUCAAGAACGAAGCUGCUGUCGCGGGAGUGGGGGCGCUCAACUGCGGCGGAUUGAGAAUUGGCUGCUGUGAAAAGGUUGAUCCUGAGACUGCUCUUGCAGAGGCUAUCAAGCUAGCUUCCGAGAUUGACAUACCUAUUGUUAUCGCUGGAUUAAACAGCGACUUUGAGAGCGAGGCUCUUGAUCGCAAGUCCCUUGAUUUGCCGCCAGCUGUUGAUGAGCUCAUUGCAGCGGUUGUCAAGGCAAACAAAAACACGGUUGUUGUAACCCAAUCAGGCUGCCCAAUCCUCAUGCCAUGGCUCGAUGACACCCCGACCCUCGUUCACGCUUGGUUUGGCGGCCAAGAGACCGGCAACGCAAUCGCCGACGUGCUCUUCGGCAAGACCAACCCCAGUGGGCGGCUUUCUCUCACGUUCCCCAAAAGGCUCGAAGAUACACCUGCGUUCUUGACCUUUGGCAAGGGCGAGAGGGAGAUUCACUACGGAGAAGGCGUUUUCGUCGGUUAUCGCUACUACGAAAAGCUGCGGAACCCUCCACUGUUUUACUUUGGGUUUGGUCUCUCUUACAGCCACUUUGAGUUUUCCAACCUCCAGGUACCAGAGAAGGUCAACUUGUCUGAGGCAGACACCUUCGAUGUGUCGGUUGAAGUCUCCAACACCAGCAACCGUGGUGGACAGGAGGUAGUCCAAGUCUACGUGGCCGACAAGACCAGCACGGUCCCAAGACCACUCAAGGAACUCAAGGCAUUCAAAAAGGUUUGGGUAGACGGCGGCAAGUGCCAAAAGGUGACGGUUUCCUUGGAUAAAUACGCAUUGUCUUUCUGGAGCGAGUUAGAAUGCAAGUGGCUGGCGGAAGCGGGAGUGUUUGAGGUUAUUAUUGCCAGAAGCUCGGAUCCGAAGGAUGCAUUGCUUCGUGAAGAGAUUGAAUUGGUCAAGAACUUUACGUGGAAUAGCGUUUAA